AGGUCCAGCCCCUAGAAGAGAGAUUAGCUACAGAUUCUCCAUCCUCAGUCUUUGCAAAGGGACGGCUGUGCCAGCCAGGCUCAUGCAGGCUCCUGGCAGCAUGGCCAUGAAGUUCGGGGCCCUCCUGCUGGUCCUUGUGCUCAGCCUGGCACAGCCAGCCUCGGGCCGCCGGAAGCUCCUGGUGUUUCUGCUGGAUGGUUUUCGCUCGGACUACAUCAGUGAUGAGGCCCUGGAGUCCUUGCCUGGCUUCAAAGAGAUUGUGAGCAGGGGAGUAAAAGUGGAUUACUUGACCCCCGACUUUCCUAGUCUCUCUUAUCCGAAUUACUACACCCUGAUGACCGGCCGCCAUUGUGAGGUCCAUCAGAUGAUCGGGAACUACAUGUGGGACCCGGCCACCAACAAGUCAUUUGACAUAGGUGUCAACAGAGACAGCCUGAUGCCUCUCUGGUGGAAUGGAUCAGAACCUCUGUGGAUCACUCUGACCAAGGCCAAGAGGAAGGUUUACAUGUACUACUGGCCAGGCUGUGAGGUUGAGAUUCUUGGUGUCAGACCCACUUACUGCCUAGAAUAUAAAAAUGUCCCAACGGAUAUCAAUUUUGCCAAUGCUGUCAGCGAUGCUCUUGACUUCUUCAAGAGCGGCCAGGCCGACCUGGCAGCCAUAUACCACGAGCGCAUUGAUGUGGAAGGCCACCACUUUGGGCCCUCGUCACCACAGAGGAGAGACGCCCUGAAGGCUGUGGACACUGUCUUGAAGUACAUGACCGAGUGGAUCCAGGAGCGAGAGCUGCAGGACGACCUCAAUGUCAUCAUCUUCUCCGACCACGGCAUGACAGACAUCUUCUGGAUGGACAAAGUGAUUGAGCUGAAUAAGUACAUCAGCCUGAAUGACCUGCAGCAGGUGAAGGACCGAGGGCCUGUUGUCAGCUUGUGGCCAGCCCCCGGGAAGCAUUCCGAGAUAUAUAACAAAUUGAGAAGAGUUGAACACAUGACUGUCUAUGAGAAAGAAGCCAUACCGAGCAGGUUCUAUUACAAGAAAGGAAAAUUUGUCUCUCCUUUGACCUUAGUGGCUGACGAAGGAUGGUUCAUAACUGAGAAUCGAGAGCUGCUUCCAUUCUGGAUGAACAGCACUGGCAAGAGGGAAGGCUGGCAGCGUGGAUGGCAUGGCUAUGACAACGAGCUCCGGGACAUGAGGGGCAUCUUCCUGGCCUUCGGACCUGAUUUCAAAUCCAACUUCAGAGCCGCUCCCAUCAGAUCCGUGGAUGUCUACAACGUCAUGUGCAGUGUGGCAGGCAUCACCCCCCUGCCCAACAACGGGUCCUGGUCCCGGGUGGUGUGCAUGCUGAAGGACCCAGUCAGCUCAGCCCCCGCCGCCCUGCCCAGCGCCUGUGUAUUGGCCUUGAUUCUGCUCUGGCUGUUGGCCUAGCUGCUCACGGGUGCCCCCAUGGUGGGAGGGUUUUGGGUUUCUAUUGAAUAAUAGCUUCAUUAAUUCAAUCAAAGCCAUAAAAUUGUAAAUAUAUUAUUCUUGGAUGACUCUAUACAUAAAAGUCCCUAUUUCUUAAAAAAAAAAA